UUUUGAGAAUUAAAAAAAAAAAAAUCAUCCCCUGUCAUCUUUCUUUGGCUCCUCCAAAUAUUCUUACACCAGAGGAUUUUGCCAGUCUCUCUCUCUCUAUUUAUAAAUUGUCCCUUGCCCAUCUAAGCUUCAAAUUCCAUUUCUUUUUAUUUAAUUAAGGGAAGUGGAAUAACCAAGAAACAUAGAAAAGAAGAGAGAGAAGCCUUUGUGUAGAGAGAGAGAGGAUGAGCAUGUCUUCUGUUCUCAUUACAAAUAUUCCUCUUCUUAGAUCUUAGUUCCUAUCAUUUUCUCAUCUGGGUCCUCUUCAAAUGGAAAUCUGGGUCCUUUUCUGAUUGUUGCAUAGAGGAUCGGAUGUUCCUAGAUUGAAUUUGACAAUUCCCACUUUGUCUUUGAUCGGAGCACCAACUGGGUUCUGUCUGAAUUUUCAGAUAAGUAUCCGAUUGUGGACCAUCCAUGAAAUAAUACAAUCCAGAUUGGUUCUGGGGCUGAGCUUUGCCUUGAUUGAAUUGAAUUGCCUUACAGAUUUCAAAAAAGAUGGAACCAGAUCUUGGCAAGCUCUUCAUUGGUGGGAUUUCUUGGGACACAGAUGAAGAACGACUUAAAGAAUACUUUAGAAAAUAUGGAGAGGUAGUUGAGGCCGUGAUCAUGCGAGAUCGGACAACGGGUCGUGCUCGUGGCUUUGGCUUUGUUGUUUUUGCGGAUCCUGCUGUGGCUGAAAGAGUCAUUAUAGACAAGCACAUGAUUGAUGGCCGAGCAGUUGAAGCAAAGAAGGCUGUUCCUAAGGAUGAUCAGCAUAUUUUAAGCAGAAGCACUGGUGCAAUUCAUGGUUCUCCUGGUCCUGGACGCACCAGAAAGAUUUUUGUUGGAGGUUUAGCAUCUACAGUCACUGAGAGCGACUUUAAGAAGUACUUCGAUCAGUUUGGUACGAUAACUGAUGUUGUAGUGAUGUACGAUCACAACACCCAAAGGCCUAGAGGCUUUGGCUUCAUUACUUAUGAUUCAGAGGAAGCAGUGGACAGAGUGCUGCAUAAAACAUUUCAUGAACUCAAUGGUAAAAUGGUUGAAGUCAAGAGGGCAGUUCCCAAAGAGCUAUCACCAGCGCCCAGCCGGAGCCCUUUGAUAGGAUACAACUAUAGUUUGGGUAGGACCAAUAGCUUCUUGAAUAGUUAUGCUCAGGGUUAUAAUCUGAGCCCAAUUGGAGGUUUUGGAGUCAGGAUGGAUGAUAGGUUCAAUCCAAUUUCCAGCAGUCGAAGUGGGUUUUCUCCAUUUAACACUGCUGGUUAUGGAAUGGGUUUGAAUUUGGAGUCAGGGUUGACUUCAAACUACGGUGGGAAUUCCAACUUUGGUAGUAGUCUAGGAUAUGCGAGAAUGCUUAGUCCAUAUUAUAAUGCCAAUCCAAGCAGAUACAAUACCCCUAUUGGAUAUAAUGCAGGUAAUGGGAGGACCAAUUCUCUGUUAAGUUCAACCACUCGAAAUGUAUGGGGAAAUGGAGGCAUUAGCAAUGCCACAAAUCCUACAAGUCCAGGGGCUUACUUGAAUUCUGGAAGUGGGAGUUUUGGGGUUUCAUUUGGAAAUAGUGGAUCCAACUGGGGCCCUACUCCUGUUUCAAAUCCAGGUGGAGGCAGUGCUUCUGGCUAUACUAGUGGGAGUAGCUAUGGGAGUGGAGAUAGUGGCUUUGGGUUGGGAGGGGGAGGAUAUGGAAGGAACAGUGGCACAGUUGUAGCCCCAACAUCAUCAUAUCCUGGAUCAACUGCUGGUUUUGAGGGCUCAUAUGGGGAUCUAUAUCGUAAUGGUUCUGUUUAUGGUGAUGCAACUUGGCGCUCCACCACUCCUGAGUUAGAUGGUUCCAGCACAUUUGGUUAUGGCCUUGGCGGUAUAGCUUCAGAUGUCACAUCCAAAGGUUCAGAAGAUUAUAUUGGAAGCUACAAUGUUACCAGUAGACAAUCUAAUAGAGGAAUUGCUGCUUAGAAGAUUUGUUGUUUGAGUAUCAUGAGGUGAUAGUAGGUGAAGAGAAAACAUAUCGAACUUUGAAGAUUUGUGAAUUUUAUACAUCUCCCUUAUUAAGAUAUUCAGCUUAUGAGGAAACUGAUUAUAUAGUUCUAACGAGGGUUCCUUUAUUUGGAGUAUACAUAUUCAGAGAGCAAGUGCAGUUACAAGGGAUUUUGUGUAAGGUUUGAAAAAAAUUUUAUUUUAUUUUGUUUUUUUUCUUGUUUAAGCUUAGGUUCCUUUCUUGGAUGUUGAUUGAGGUGUAAAAUCAGAUUGCGGGAUAUAUACUCAGUAAGAUGAUUCCAAUUAAUGUAUCGUGCAUCUACAGCCAGACGAGCCAGCGUUAGUCUGUUAAAAAAAAAGAUAGGUUAUUAAUUUUUUCAAAUUUCUUUUCUUCUUUUCUUUCUGUAAUGCUUGGCAAAGUUGCUGGCUUUUUCCUUUUAUUUGUUCCUCUGGGAUUUUUUUUUUUUUUUUUUCUUUUUUCUCUCAAAAAAUUGUAUGUGAGGUUUUUGAUUUACUAGUGUGAAAACAUUGGAGGGAUGCCCACAUGGGAUCCCCAUCAAAUAAGUUACUAAAUAUUUUGAUUCUUUUUUCA